GUGAGGGGAGAGCAUUCUCAGAUCCAUUUAUUGAAAAUAAAACUCAUUAAAAGUACUGUCAAAAAAACAUUGAAACUUACACGUCCUCAGUCAUGGAAUCAAUGAACAAAGCUGUAUAUAAAGUGAAUUUGUCAGAUGCUUUUAAGCUCCUUGUACAUGAUGAUGCUGUCUUUUGUAGUGGAGAUCUAUUUUACUACCAUUAUGGAUGCGAUGGUGUUGAUGACAGGGGUUGGGGUUGUGGAUACAGAACCCUGCAAACUUUAUGCUCAUGGGUAGAAUCAUUGAACAAAGUGGCUACUGGUACUACUAGCCCAACUUCAGUACCAAGCAUUAACCAAAUACAGACUGCACUGGUUGACAUUGGUGACAAGCCAAGCAAUUUCAGACACUCUAAGCAGUGGAUUGGAAGUGUAGAAAUAUGUCUCUGUCUAGAUGUUUUCUAUGACAUUCCUUGCAAAAUCAUUCACAUUGAAAAAGGAUCACAGUUCAAACAAUAUUGUUCCGAGAUUUUUCAUCAUUUUGUCAAUGUUGGAGCUCCCAUAAUGAUGGGAGGAGAAACAGAUAAUAGUUCAAAAGGAAUCAUUGGAGUCAGAUUAAAAAACCCUGCUUUACUUAUUGCUGAUCCCCAUUAUUUUGGCACUGUUAACUCAGCUAAGCAUCUUUUGGAAUUGGGAUUCAUUCAUUGGUUACCAGUCUCAGAACUACAUGAAGAUUCUUUCUAUAAUCUCUGUUUACCUCAAGCAAGAACACCUGUCAAGUCCAACAAGUCAUAACCUACAUUACAACAGGAACACUACUCUAAAUUCUCUUUGCUUAUUCAUUGAACCAGAUUAGUCUUGUUUGUUGCUGUUCAUUGUGGUUUCAGCCAACCCACA